AUGUUUUCUCAAUAUAAAAAAGAUUUUUCGUUUAAAACCAAUAGAGAUUCUGUCACCUCGGAAGGUUCUGAAGAGCCAGGCGCGUCAUUAUUCUACUCCGUACAAACAUUACCAACAGAAUCAGAAAUUCACGAGUCAAUAUCCCUUCAACCCUCACGGGUGCGAGAGUAUAAUCAAUACGAGGACGAAGACGAACAAGAGAACGAGCCUGAUGCAGCGUUUUUAUCUGAACAAUCUCCUAGUUUCUAUUCCAAAAAGCAGGCUGCGGCAGAGAUUUAUCUAGACAUUCCUACUAAUCACAUGGUUAAAGUUACUAAUAACACACUCUCAGAGGGACUUCUUCCCACAACAAAGAUACCGCCAAAUCAACUUUCAUGCGUUUUACACAGAAAGUAUAAAGAUCCAGCAUUUGCAAUCCUUUUUGGUUUAGGACUUAUAAUGAUGUUAACUAUUGGUACAUUUCUGAUAUUCACAACCAAUUCAUACGUAUUAAAGGAUUAUUCACAUGGAUCCGUAUUUUUUGCCAUCAGAGACAGCGUUGGACCACUUUUAUUUGCUUUAUUUUUCUCUCUAAUUAUGGGUGUUAUAUGGAUAUUAUUACUUCGUUCAUUUACCAAGAUCAUAGUUUGGGGAACUUUGACAGCCGUUCCAUUCAUUUGUUUUGCGAUUUUCAUUUGGACUAGAGUUGAAGCAUUUUCGGGAGCUCUUCGAGAUUCAGGGAAGCCUGAUCCGCAAGAUGAUGCACUCGCGGUGUUAUCAUUUAUUCCAUUGAUUAUAUUCAUUGUAUAUUCAAUAAUUCUUUUUACUCAUCGAAAAAAAAUCGAAAGGACUAUAUCCCUUAUUCAAUUAGCAAUUGAUAUAGUGAGAGAUAAUCCGCAAAUGUUUUGGGUUUCGCUCAAGAUUCUUACUGUUUAUGUCUUAUUUACAAUAAUGUGGUUAUAUGUAUUUAGUCAUGUAUUUCUAGUUGGACAUAUGGUGCAAAUUGCUUCAGAAGACAUUUGGAAAUUAGAGCCAAAUACAUAUCUACUCAUUUUGUAUUUCAUCUUUAUGUAUUUAUGGACUUCCGCUGUUUUGAGUAAUGUUCAAAAAGUAACCAUAUCUGGAGUUAUCAUACUCCAUAAAUUUGAAUAUAAUAACAUUCUAAUAUUUUGUUAUUUUAGAAAUGAUUAUGAUGAUUUAGAUGAUUCAGAUCGAAAUAAGGAAGUAACAGAUAUAUCUUUUUUGAAGGCAACGACAGUUUCAUUUGGAACAGUUUGUCUUGGAGGGCUUAUUCUUUCAUCUAUUCAAAUAAUUAAAUACUUUACCGAUUUUUUGAAAAAGAAAUUCAAAAAUAGCUCGGUUCUUUGUUGUCUAUCAUGGGUUCUGACAUUCAUUGAUGGUAUUAUAGACAAUUUAAACAAUUAUACUUUAAUUUACGUAGGCAUUUAUGGUGAGAAUUUCUGUUCUUCGGCACAUAAAACGACCAAGUUAUUUCGUGGUAAUCUUGUUUCUGGACUAGUAAGCGACUUUGCAGCCAAAUCGAUUCUGUAUAUCGGAUCUAUAAUCAUCGCACUUAUUUGUGGAUUCGCAACCUUUAUAUAUGCUACACAUACACUUCAAUCACCAUACGGAUAUGUUGUUGGAAUUAUAGCUUCAAUCGUUCCUUAUUAUAUUUCGCAAUUUUAUACACACAUUAUGAUGAACACAGUCGAUGCUACUUUUGUGUGUUAUACAAUUGAUCUUGAUUCAAACUUGGAAAGUUGUAAAAGAGCACAUAAAGCAUUUUCCAAUUAA